AUGGCACCGUCUCUGACCCUUCGUCCUCGCACUCGCGAUGACCGGCCGCCUACAAGGGACAAUACCGACCACAGUCUCAUCAUUCCCAGCCGGACGUCCUCUCUUCAUUCGCGCAUCACCCAGCCGCUCCCUUCGACAUUGAACGUCAAACAGGGUGCUCGCAGCCCCAAGACACUGACCCAUGCGUACAUGGUAUGCGGUGUUGGACGGGAACCAUCGCAAUGGGUGAAAGCACCGGCGCCGGCUCAGGGCAAGAUUGGGCACAUGAAGGGUGCAGUGGGCACCUUCUGGCUGCCAGAGAUUCUGGGUAGCAGCCCCAGACUGGAGCAAGACAACGAAAUCGCAAGGUCUCUUCACGCUGCCAUGCGGGCCUGCUUUCCUCACGAUGUCGAGAUUUGCACGGGACGGAGCCAGCCACAUUGUGUGCACCAUUCCUUUGUUCUCCAGCAAGAUUCCUCCCACACCCUUUACGGUAUUGCUCUGCGCGUCUGGUCUCGCGCAGACGAGAAGAGGGCUGAGACGAUCCGAGACCUGCGCAAGCGCAUCGAACCCGACUUCUUCGACAACCCUGAUGAGACCUACUGGAUCCCGUACUGCCUGAGUUUCCUCUCGAGGUAUCCCUUGUACAACUUACUUGGUGACUACCUUCGGGGCAUGUGGAUUCACUGGAACAAGGCAACAAACCUGUUCCACGCCGAGGAGGUGUCUCGCAUCCUGAGCUUCCCCGCUCCGCGAUUGAACGACCUAGUCCGGAUUGACAUGAAGGACUAUGCCUUGUGCUACCAGUUCCCCUCCUCGCCUACCGGGUUCCAGAAUUUCGCCAUGUGGCCGCUUUUCACCUGUCUCUCCAUCCCCAACAUUGUCGGCGUGAUCGAGGCUGCCGUGUCGCCGACACGACGCAUCAUAUUCACCAGCCACUACCCCGCCGUUCUCACCAUCGCAGCUGAAACGAUCCGGUAUUGCGUUCGGGUGUAUGAGUGGAGUGGUCUGUAUGUUCCUGUUGUACAUGCGCGUCAUGUCAAGGACCUCGUACAAGAGCCGGGCCCGUACAUCCUUGGUGUAACGUCGGAAUGUCGAUCACUCUUCACCGCUCCAACAGAUGCCCUCGUAGUGGACUUGGACCGAAACUUUGUGCUGACCUCGAGCCCACCGACCGCCCUGACUGCCGGACAGAGGACAAAGAUGAUCCAGCGCCUUACACAGGCCCUCAACGGCGAAGUGUCGCCGACCGGCGUUCCACAGCAUCUGCGAUCUGCUUACGGUGGCGGCAAGUUGAUUCCCGCUGGUCAGAUCAUCGUUAUGCGUGGUGAGGUUGAGAGCGUCCAGGACCCAGACUGGUGGAACCAGGAUGCGAUAAUGUCCAUUAUGGAUCACGUGUGCGAGAAGCUCGUAAGUCCUCAGCUAACCCAUUCUCGCCUCACAUCUGAUGCUGACAAUGUGCAGGGCCGUAACAGUGGGAUGAAGGCAAUCUUCGGUGGAUCUGUCAAGAAGCCUCUGAUGACCAAGGUUUCCAUGCGCCACCUCAACGAGAUUGUUCGCGAGCGCAAUCAGUACUCUCGUGAUGCCCAGGAAGCUUGGCAGGACUUCAUCAACCUCAAGGGUCGCAUGGAUACGGAGCUGUCCAAGGUCUCCAAGCGCAACAACUUCCUGGUCGAAGAGCUGGAAAGCUGGAAGCAGCAAUUCCUCAAGUUCCAGACUUUCGCUGAGCAGCUCACCAAGGAGACCCAAGAGCUCAAGGUCAAGAUUGAGAACCACAAGCGUGAAAACCGUCGCCUCACUAGUCUCAUUGACCAGCAGAAGGAUGAUGCCGCCCGUCUUACAAUCCGCCUCUCCGGCACCGAGAAGCAGCGUGACGAUGCUCUGGAGGCCCUUGUUCUGCAGCAGGAAAUUGCCGAGGAGUUGGAGCGCGAGAGGAAGAGGAACAAGAAGGAGAUGUCUGCCCUCCAGCACACCAACUCUGCAAUCAUCCGACAGCGAGAUGAGACUCAGCGUGUCGUUCUCCACCUCCGUGCCCUCAUCGAGGGCCAGACCCACCACAUGGAGCACAUUGUCAAGUCUUUGAACCAGGACGACAUGAACAACUACAUGGUAGAAGGCUUCGAGGACGUUACCGAGGAGGACGAGGACGAGGACGAGUUCCACGACUCCGAGCUACCUGAAACCCCCAAGAAGAACAGGUCCGAAGUUGGCACCGUCCGCGGCGCAUCCGUCACGGAGAGCCGCAAUGACUCAAGAUCAAGCACCGCCAACGGUACGCACCUCGAUGGCGUCGACGUCACACCCGAUAUGGAGUACCGCUUACACAAUUCUCCAGCGCGCAACUCGAAGCGCUUCUCGAACCAGUCCAUGGUUGAUGUCGCCGAUCGCGUCCUCCGCGACAAGACCGACGCCAUUGCCUACAUCAUCCGCAACAUAUCGGAGCAGUGCGCUGCCGCCGUCGAGGGGCUCCAGCUUGCCCAGCGUGCCGACACCGAAGACGGUGACACCCACAGCGAACGUCGUGCCAGCGUAGGCCAGCAGUCAACUGCCGAUGGACGGGCACAGUCCACAAUCGGCAGCGAGUACGGCGACGAGGACAUGCUUCGCCCUGGCCGGCGUUCCAGCAUUCCUCCUACCCCUGAUCUGAGCCACCGAUCAAGCACAUCGAUGUCCAUGGCCAGCGCCUCGACAACACCAGACAGGACGAGUCUGCAGCACCGAUCGUACGAUGUUCCUGACGUGCCCACGCGCAUCAUAGAGGAUGAGUCGUUCGACGACAGCAACUCGUACUCGGACUUGCCCGUCUCCAAGUACGCCACGCCUCUACCUCGCUCGCGCCAGAGCUCGCGGCAUGUGCGGUAG